ACUGAGAUGGGACAAUAUGUGGUCUGGUGUGUAUAGAUAUUUGAUUAUUCUAGGUUUAUUUAGUGCUUGAAGCUGAUUUGUGUACGGGUUUUCAACUGGGACUGGUCUGAAAAUUUGUUAAAAUCCUACCUGGCAACUUUGAGGAGGAUGGACCUCAUAUGGCUGCUGGCAACAUCUGGAAAGCUUUAUUCACACUGCUGCUUACUUUGAAAAGUGCUCGCGAGCUGAACUGCAAAUCUGAGAUGUCUUUUAUAAAAGUAGAUGAAAACUCUGACUUCUCUUUCCACAACCUCCCCUAUGGAAUUUUCUCUACUCCGGGAAAUGCUCGGCGGAGGAUCGGAGUGGCCAUCGGGGAUCAGAUCGUGGACCUGAGUGCCAUUAAACACCUCUUGACCGGGCCGGAAGUCUCCCAGCACCGGCACGUGUUUGAUCAGCCCACUCUGAACGCGUUCAUGGCUCUGGGUUCGAGCGCGUGGAGAGAGACUCGCGCGCUCCUACAGACACUACUGCGCGCGGACGAGCCGACACUGAGGGACAAUCACGAGCUCAGGGGCAGAGCUUUUGUUGAUCAGAGCGCUGCAGUGAUGCAUCUCCCAGCUGAGAUCGGCGAUUACACUGACUUCUACUCAUCCAGAGACCAUGCCACUAAUGUUGGGAUCAUGUUCCGGGGCAAAGACAACGCACUGAUGCCAAACUGGCUGAGGCUUCCGGUUGGCUAUCACGGCCGCGCUUCAUCUGUGGUCGUCUCAGGAACUCCAAUCAGAAGACCUCAAGGCCAGAUGAGGCCAGACCCAGCCAAGCCUCCUGUGUUUGGGCCAUCAAAGCAGCUGGACAUUGAGCUGGAAAUGGCUUUCUUUGUGGGUCCUGGGAACAGGCUGGGAGAACCGAUUCCCAUAGAGAAAGCACAUAAACAUAUCUUCGGUAUGGUGCUGAUGAAUGACUGGAGCGCAAGGGAUAUCCAGGCAUGGGAGUAUGUGCCGUUAGGUCCGUUUCUUGGGAAAAAUUUUGGGACCACCAUCUCACCCUGGGUCGUUCCCAUGGAGGCUCUGAUGCCUUUUGUGGAGCCUAACACAGUGCAGGACCCAGAACCACUACCAUACCUUCGCCACCAGGACCCAUACACAUUCAACAUAAACCUCUUUGCCUCCAUUAAAGGUGAAGGCAUGAAAGAGGCAACCACCAUCUGCAAGUCUAACUUUAAGUACAUGUACUGGACCAUGAAACAGCAGUUAGCACAUCACACAGUUAAUGGCUGUAACAGCAGACCAGGCGACUUGCUCGCAUCAGGCACCAUCAGUGGACCGGAUCUGGAAAGUUUUGGCUCAAUGUUGGAGCUUUCAUGGAGAGGGUCAAAGGUCAUUGAGCUGGCUGGAGGAGAGACUAGGACGUUCCUCAAGGAUGGAGACGAAGUCACUCUCACAGGUUACUGUGAGGGUCGGGGAUACCGUGUUGGUUUCGGAUCAUGCCAGGGGAAGAUCAUUCCUGCCUUACAGAAGUGAUGUUCCUCAUUCUUCACCCUCCAUCUAUCCAUCCCUCCCAAAACCAGCUGGAUUCUUCACGCACCAAAUAAUGCCUUAUCAGUCAUGUUUAAUCAUUCGUGACCUUUCCAGUGACAGCUAAUUAGCUCAUUGGAGUUUCACUUAGCCAGUGCUUUUCUCUGGGCAGAAAUGAUUAUGAUUGAUUAUUUGUGACAGCCAGGGAAAUUGAAUGGAGAUUGGGUUAAGACUUUUAAGAUAUUGAGGUUUUGUUUAAUAAUACGUGUCCUGAAACAUCCCACUGGCUUUUUUUUUAUAAUCCAAAAAUGUAAGCAUUAUAGGAUAUGAAUGUUUGAUGUAUAGCUUUUUAAAAUGAUACAUGUUAAUUAUACAGGGUGUCCCAAAUAUCUCCAUACAUAGAGGACUAUAUUUGCCAGCACCACGUUUGUUGUGCCUUGGUGGACGUCCACUUCUCGGUUGGUCCACAACACUUCCAGUCUUUUUGAAUUUGUUAAUAAGUUUAGCAACAGUGUCGUGCUUGCCAUGUUUCCUGUUAAAGUCCAUCCAGCUUCCAGAUUCAGUCAUGAGAAUAAUUUCAAUAUGUUCUUUUGUCAAAGGCAUUAUUAAACGCUAUAUAUAUAUAUAUAUAUAUAUAUAUAUAUAUAUAUAUAUAUAUAUAUAUAUAUAUAUAUAUAUAUAUAAAUAUAAGCUAAAUAGGAAAAAAUGUAUACAUAUUUUCCCUGUGUAUGGAGACUUUUGAGACACCCUAUAUUUUUGUUUAUUACAGGAAGGCAAAUUCAGGAAGGUUCAUAUCCAUGAACCAGUGUCAAAAUGAAUUCAGGUUUGAGUCAGGUUGAGUGUUAACACCUCUAGCAAAGUCAUGUUGUAGACAGUCACUUGCUACCAACAAAUUAGCACUAGAAUCCCUAAACACAUUUUAUAUAGACAUGUAUUUCAGGGUGGACUUUUGCUUUAAUCAGUUCAGUAAGUAGUUAAUUAGUGACUAAAAUAAAAGGUCAAGGAGUUAGUUAUGGAAGAUAGGAAUGCAGAACAAGCCAGCUAUCUAAACAUUCAAAUAUUGAUCUGUAAAGGGGAAAAAUCAGUACAUGCCAGCUAGCUUUGUAGCUAAAUACCAUUCUGCAGGAGCUAACGAUAGUUUUAUUUGCUGAGCGCAAAAACACUGUGUACAUUUCAGCAGGUUGAAGUAGAAACUAAAAGGUAAAGUUUUUUUUGUGGGAUAAUAUCUGAGAGCACCACUAGAGUCUGUUACUCUAGACUCAUGCAGUAGGAGAAGCGGCACUAUAGGACUGUGCCUCAAAUCUUUUCACACUGGCAGAAUUUAAUUGAAGGAAAAAUUUGAUCGCAAUGGCCAUUAAUCGGCUGUCGGGGAACACGUCAAGCUAGCAAUUAAAGACUACAGAUUUUGGUCUAGGAUUAUACAAAUCUUUUAGGAUUCUCAAAACUUGUCACAUGACCAAAUCAUGGCCAAAAUCAUACAGUGUGAACGUGGAGUAAGCUGGAUUUUUUUUUUUUUUUUUUAGCAUGGCAGUAUUACAUGACUGAAUACAAUCAGGACCUGAAUAAAUAUUCCAACUUCCACCUUGUGCUAACUGGUCAUACCUUUUCUGCCUUUAGAAAAAGUUUUAUCAAGUGAAACUUCUAAGCUUUCCAAAAUAGCCUCUGGUGCACACGUUCUUUAAAGAUUCAAUUUUGCAAAGGCACUACUUAUUUCUCAACAUGAAGUCGAAUUAUCAAAGGCAGUGUUAUGUUUAUUGCUGUUUGUUACUCACAAAUUGGUAAUUAAAGUUACUGAUGUCUGUUAA